CAGCUACGCAUUAAUAUUUGACCACCAAGCUGAGAACUGAGAGCUCUUGCAUUUAUCAUCAAACUUCAAAGAUAUUUGCUUUUAAUGCUCACAGUUCUGACGCAAUGUGGGUUCUCUCCGUCCUUGGUAUCAUCGGCCUGGUGCUCGGCUUCGCGUUCAUGACGCUGGCAAUAGCAUCUGGCCUCUACUAUCUAUCAGAGGUGCUAGAAGAACAUACUGUCCUCGCGAAGAAAUUCCUGACCCGCCUCAUCUUCACGGUGAUCGCCAUCCAGGUCCUCCUCUGCGCGGUCGACGGGUUCCCUCUCACCUUGACCGCAAUCGGCAUCGGGAGCCACGUUGUCUACUACCUGAAUCUUCAACGAUUCCCCGUGGUCAAAUUGACGAGCCCGGUGUUCAUCUUGUCAUGCGUCCUCGUGCUCGUCAACCACUACCUCUGCUUCCGCCACUUCUCCUCUCCCCCAUCCCCAGUCCUAGGCUACGGAUCCUCCUACUCCUCCUACGACGCCUACAACCUGCCUAGCUUCACUGAGAUCGCCUCCUACUUCGGCAUCUGCGUCUGGCUGGUGCCGUUCUCCCUGUUCGUGGGACUGUCGGCCGGCGAGAACGUCCUGCCCACCAUGGGCAGUGAAUACGCGACCGGGUCCGGCUCGAGCUUUGCGAAGCCGGGCGCUGAGCCGGGGGCGUCGGGUUAUGGUCGGAUGAGGAGCGGGACGAAUACGGGGAUGGCGAAGGCGGCAGUCUCGGGAGUUAAGGAGUGGAUCGCGGGGACAGGCGAGCUGAUGGGAUUCUGGAGAGGGGACAGGAUCAGACCGCAUGCGUUUUGAGAUGCUAUUUAUUCCAAUGCUUAUCACGAUUGUUGAUUUAGACUUAACACAAUGGUCCCAGUUCAGGGGUUUAUUUCUUGCGAUUUCAGCACCAUGGAGCACUUCAUCAACAACGGCUCCAAUCUUCAACAGCUCUUCAUCCUUCAUUGGGAUCCCCAUAAUCUGGAAGCCGAAAGGAGCGCCCUCCACCGAAUC